AUGGCGUUGGACAUCGAUUUUCGGGUUUUAGACGUCAUUCCGGUUCCGGAACCACCCAUUUUGAAGGGCUCUCCGGCGUCGGCGCAGUUCGUCAAGAACCGUAAUGCAGUAGAGCACGCAGUCCAGUAUCCCGAAGCAGCAGCAGCCAUCAUCGAUCGGCACUACAUCGACGAUUAUUUCGAUAGUGUCGACACAAUCGAGGAGGCGGUAGUUCUAGCGAAGCAGGUGCGAUAUGUCCACGAACAAGCCGGAUUCCAAAUCCGCAACUGGGUGUCGAACUCGCCGGCAGUUCUCUCGGCUUUAGGAGAAGACACAUCUUCUGGACCAGUAGUCUCCCACCAAGAUAAGGAAUCACCAGGUGAGCGCGUUCUUGGGGUUUUCUGGGAUUUGGACCUAGAUGUUUUCGCGUUUUCUGUAACGCAACGUGCGGAGGUUAAAGAGUAUUUGUACGAAGGUAAGCGGAUCGUCCUCAGCUGCGUGAUGGGUCUUUUCGAUCCCCUCGGACUGUUGUCACCAUUCACGAUUCACGGCAAGGUUAUCAUACAACAUAUCUGGCGGAAUGGCUGCGAAUGGGACCAGGUAAUCGAUGAGCAGAGUUGGUGCGUGUGGAAGCAGUGGACCAAGUUGCUGCCCGAAGUAGAAGCCUUACGAAUUCCCCGAUGCUACCUGGGAGACGCCGUUUCUUCAUCAGUUGAAUCACUCGAGUUGCAUGUUUUCACCGACACGAGUGAGCACGCUUAUGGCUGCGUGGCGUACCUACGGUCGGUCAUCAAUGGAACGGUGAGGUGUAGUCUAAUCAUGUCUCGAGCUAAGGUAGCACCUCUAAAGCGGCAGUCAAUCCCUAGACUGGAAUUGAUGGCUGCGGUUCUUGGAGCCCGAAUGAGCCAAACCAUUAUCGAAACGCAUUCUCUCCGAAUCGGUCGCACUGUUCUAUGGACGGACUCUCGAACUAUACUAUCGUGGCUACAGUCAGAUCAGCACAGAUUCAAGCAAUUCGUUGCAUUCAGAGCGGGUGAAAUUUUGGAAUUAACCCGAAUGCGAGACUGGAGAUGGGUGCGCACGAAGCAGAAUAUCGCGGAUGUGCUCACCAAGUGGGGUCGCGGUCCUCCAUUGCAAAACGAUUCGGAAUGGAUUUAUGGUCCUUCAGUGCUAUACCAAUCGAGCGAUCAAUGGCCGUCUUCCGAACCGAUCGAAGAAACCGUGGAGGAAACCAGACGAGUUAUGCUGUUCCAUGCGGUGGUCGAAGCGGAAACUGUUUCCAGUUGGACAAAACUUGUGCAUGUGACGGCCACCGUACUGCGUUUCAUUUCCAAUUGCCAGCGAAAAAGGGCCGGGUUGCCAAUCGUAACCUGCCAAUCUACGAAUCGUCAACGACUAUUAAUUAAGGCGGAAUAUUUGACAGACAAGAAACCACUUCAACAAGAGGAGCUUCAGAAAGCGGAAAUUAUUCUGUGGAGGCAGGCACAAUACGAAAGCUUCCCAGAUGAGAUGAACACACUUACGAAGAAUUUGGAAAGCAGCCCGGGUCAACGACUGGAAAAGAUCGAGAAGACUAGCAGUCUCUACAAGCGAUCGCCAGUGCUAGAUGAAGAGGGAGUUCUGAGAGUUCGAGGCCGGCUUGAAAAGAACGAAGAGCUACCCUUCAACAAGAGGUAUCCGAUCAUUCUGUCAGGGAAGCAUGAAAUCACCAAGAAGUUGAUACUGCAUUUUCACAACAAGUUCGGCCAUGCAAACAGAGAGACCGUGUUCAAUGAAUUACGGCAGAAAUUCUGGAUACCGAAGGCACGCGCUGCAAUCCGGCAUGUAACGAAGGAAUAUUCGCGUGCAAACGUGGCGUACCAGAACAAAUCUUUUCGGACAACGCCACCUGCUUCCGUGUUCGCUACGAUGAUGAAGACGAUGCAGGGAAUAAAUAUCAAGUGUGCUGGAAAAGUCACUUCGGCUGUCACCGCGUGGCAUUUCAAUCCACCUAGUACUCCACACAUGGGUGGAGUCUGGGAGAGGAUGGUGCGAUCUGUCAAAGAAGCCUUGCGAGCGUACGAAGACGGACGAAAGUUAACCGACGAGAUCCUUUCAACGAGCUUGGCCGAAGCGGAGGAUAUGAUAAAUACUCGACCGUUGACGUACGUUCCUCAGGAAGCAGCCGACGAAGAAGCAGCCUACGUGGAAGAACGAUGA